GAAGCCCCACUCUCCACUCAUUGAUGGAAGGCGGGGAAAUGUAUUUUAUUAAAACAGCAAAGGCCAACUUCACUCCUUCCUAGUACAACACAUAAGGAAAGGACACCUCUCGCAAAGCCCUUCAAUAAUAAUUCCCGCAAAAAUGCCAAAACAGACCUACACCACCCUAACAACCUACGACACCGCGCGCGCGCACGGCGGCGACAUCAAAUACGCCCAAUCCGCCCUGCCCUCCGACCCCGGCUUCGUAGCCUACCACGCCUCCUUCUCCCAACUCCUUGGGUCGGCGCCCAAACUGCACCUCGUCGAGCAGCGCGCGGACAAAUUUGCGCACGAAGCCGGCGUGUACAUCAAGUCGACGGGAAAAAAUUACUUUACUUCGAAUUACCAAUCCGGCCGGACGGUGGAGAAUUAUGCGGUGGAUUGCAAGACGUAUGAGAUUACGGAGGAUAAGUGGGAGGGAGUUGUGAAUGCUAAUGGAGCCUGCCAUUGGAACGAUCGAGUUCUGUACUGCGUCCAAGGCAGCUACACCGUCCCGUCAUCGCUCAUUGCCGUCGAUCCUAGCACGGGAACUUCCAGCGUGGUGAUUGACAACUUCUACGGCCGCGAAUUCAACUCCAUCAACGACGUUGUCAUCCAUCACGAGCGCAGGGAAAUCUGGUUUACGGAUCCGACGUAUGGAUACGAGCAAGCGUUUCGCCCUUCGCCCUUGCUCCCCAGUCAAGUCUACAGAUUCAAGCCGUCUACGGGCCAGAUCUGGUGCGUGGCUGAUGGCUUCGCACAAUGCAAUGGUCUGUGCUUCAGUCCGGAUUACAAGAAGAUGUACAUCACCGACACCGGCGCUCUCCAAGCCCACGGCACGCCCGGAACCGGCCACGCCAUCACACCCAACCCCCGACUCCCAGCCUCCAUCUAUUCCUACGACGUCGUAGACAACGGCACCCGCCUAGCAAACAGGAUGAUGUUCGCCUUCACCGACUCCGGCAUCCCAGACGGCAUCAAGUGCGACGAGGCGGGAAACGUCUACUCUGGCUGCGGCGACGGAGUGCACGUGUGGGAUCCUCUCGGGACGCUGAUUGGUAAGAUCUAUACGGGAUGUGUGGUUGCGAAUUUCAAUUUUGUCAAAGGGGGAAUGUGGUUGAUGGCGGAGGAGAAGUUGUUCUUUUGCGAAUUGGAGGCGAAGGGUACGCUGGUGCAGCUGGAGUGUGAGUGAAUGAAUGGUGGACGACGAGUGGUGUUCUCUCAGAUAUGUUUUAUUCUAAGCUACCGCCUGGCGGUUAUUCCAUUUCCAUGCUGCCCAUCACGGAAAUUGACGAGUCGAUCCUUGCUGCUCCGGCGGCGGAGAAGAAGUUGGAGUUCGAUUGAGUGAAGGGUGGACGGUAAUCGGCGCCCUCUCGGAUAGACUUCUCUACUGUGCUGGCCACUGGUAUCUAAUUCAUUGCCAUGCUGCCCAU